CCUCGUCUAUACAGGACCGCAUGGUACUGACUCGAUCUUCGGAUCUGAUCUUACUGAACCAAUUAUAAUGCGGUUCGGUUAUUACUCUCAUAAAUUUUAUAACAACUGAAGUAAAACGAAUCUAAUUUACAUUUGGAUCGGACUAAAUAGACCAAAUAAAAUGAUGGUCCGAUCCUUGGUCCUAAUCUAUCUUUCACUAGUAGACCACAAUUCUUUUGAGUUUGAUUGGAUCGGACCGUUGCACAUCCCUAAUGGACGCGGAUGAACACUUCAAGUAUUUCAAACGCCUAUUUGGUGUAACUUGAAAGUUGAAGGUCCAUUGUUGGGAAACAUACAAAUUUCGGUGGUCCAUUUGCAGGAGUAAACACAAAAAUAUAAAUGACUCCUUGCACCCCCAAUUCAAAGAGGAAAAAAUCCCAAAGUACACUAGUUUUUAAAAAAAAUUCCCAAAAUACAUAAGUUAUAAAAAAAAUUCCAAAAGUACACAUGUUUGAGCAUCACCGUUUUAGACAAAAGCGGUGAAGGUCAUCACCGCUUUUGACUAAAACGGUGAAUACUUCACCGUUUUUGUCUAAAACGGUGAUGUAUUCACCGUUUCAAACUAAAACGGUGACUGCUUCACCGCGUGAGACCAAGGCGGUGAAGCACUGACCUGCGUCCAAACUUUAAAACAACGUAACCUCAGUCUUACUUCCUGAUCCCUGUCUCUGCCAUUGAUGAAGAUCACCAGGUACUUCAAAUUCUCUACUUCUAAUUAACGCUACGAACUUCUCACAAAAUGAGUUUGCAAAUUGUUUUCGCUCGAAUGCCGACGGUGGUGGUAGGGCUGCUACUUCUACAGAAAAGCAAGCCGAGUUCUAAUCGCUCAAUUGGGUAUUCGUUAUCUUUGGUGAAUUUCAGUGGGUUCCUUUUACUUUUAGAUUUCGUACUCUGGUGGUCCAGAGAUUCGUGGCCAGUAGCCUACUGAUUGUUAGUGAAAAGUUUUCGUUCAUUGUUUCGGUGAUCAGAUUUCGUAACCCUAGAAUGCAUUCAUCGUUGUUGGUGACAUUCAGAUUCAAAACUUGGGAUCCGUGUAUGCUCUGUGCAUGGAACAAUGUGGGCAGGGGUUCGUCUCUAUUGUUAUAUUAUGCUUACUGCUUCACAUCGGAAUCUAGGCAAUUUGAGUCUGUCAGCAUACGUCUUGCCUUUGGUUCUGAUUCACAAGAUUGGUUUUGGGUUUCUCAUCCUUUCGGUUGCAGCAUGUUAUUAGCUCUUGAUUUCUACCCUAUUUAUUAAGUAUGCUCUUCAUGUAUCUCAGGGUAGAAGUCACAAGAACCUUGUCUGGUUGGCUGCUGUAAGGGAAGUUGUCAUAAUUUGGAGUUAGAUUGUUAGUUUACGGGGUAAGUAGCCAGUAGCCAACACCUCCUUCAACUAAGUCCACCUUAAAUCUCUUUAAUGUCAUCCCUGCUUGCGAUCUUAUAAUUUCAACAGUUUUGGAGAACUGGAGAAAGAUAUGGCUGGAAAUUCAAGGACAGGCAAGAGACACAAGACGAGCCAUGUAGUUGAAGAUGUUGCUUCGCUGAGCGAUUUUCCUGACGAAAUUCUCCAUCACGUUCUCUCCUUCGUGGAUACCAAGUCUGCAGUUCGAACCGGCCUUUUGUCAAAGAGAUGGACAUGUUUGUGGAAAGAUGUUCCGGUCCUAAAUUUCGUCCCAAAAUCGUUCCUUACAUUAGCGAGUUUCAGGAAGCAUGUAUACAGGCUCUUGUCUUUCCGCUCCCACCGUACCCCUGUUCGUGACGUUAACUUUGACGUCUGUGGAUAUACGCGGAACGAAGCGGGGGGCCAUAUUAGGAAAACAAUUGGACAGAUCAUCAAAUAUGCUUCAUCUCAUAGUGGUGGUGGUCUUGACCAUCUGUCCAUCACUGGUGACAGCAAGAAUGUUUGCUUCAGCUACUUCGCUAAUGACAUCACCACUGGCAGUCAUCAUGCAUCUCUCAAGAGUAUGAAACUGGAGGAAUGCUUUCUCUGGUGUGUCCAAUUUGAUGACCCGGUCUACAAAUCCUGUACGACUCUGGGGUUCAAAUUGCUUACAACUCUGGAAUUGCGUAAAUGCAAUCUGUCAUAUUUUUGUCAUAUGGGGCCCUUUGAUUUGAUUGGCGAUCUUCCUUAUUUGAAGCACUUGAAGUUGCUCCACUGCUAUGUGGAGUGGUUGAUAAUAUCAGGACCUCAGCUGCUUGACCUUGAAAUUGAGUUUCUAGAGAACAACUGCUCUUAUGAAGUGAUUGCUCCGAACCUCAAAUCUUUACGUUUAUGGGGUGAACACAUGGGUGAAGGCAUUGAUGAACAUAUCAGCAAAGAGUUGAGUCUCCCUGCCCUGGAUGAUGCAAAUAUCUGCCUCAAGUGGCACAAACCACAUUGUUGGGAGAGUGACACAUAUUUGGAGGAGCAGAAUCGUGCAUUCAUGAAUUACUUAGGUGGCCUGCAUAAUGUUGAAUCUCUAAACCUGUGUUUCGACAAGGAAGGGGAUGAGGAUUGGGAAGAACACCACUUUCCUCUUAACAGAAUUAAGUCGAUAGUCGAGCACCAAGACCCUCCCUUCACUAGAUUGAAGACCUUGAGGAUACAAUGUGCGCAUCAACAACGCCCGCCAAACGUACCUUAUCAAGUGCUUCGCUAUUUUCUUGAAGGCUCUCCGAGUGCGGAAGAUAAGUUUGUGAAGCUUGAGAUGCUUGCUGAUUAAAAAGGGCCAUAGUGGUUUUAUACUUUCACAUGAUGUAAAAAACUGUCAGUAGUCAUGUUCUCUAGUAGUAUAUAUGGUGAUGGCCAUAGUAGUUCUCUGAUGCGUUAUGUCGAUAUCGAUAUAAUCAGUAGUGCCCAAAGUAGUUUCCUCCUUUUGCUAGGGCGAACACGCAUUGCUUAUCUUGAGCUAUCUAGUCUGGUUUCUGGCUUCUACUUACCAGUCUCUUUUGCUUUUCCUUUUCUGAUGCAGUAUGUAUGACCUACUAUCUUUUGUUUGAUCAAUGUCAAGGGUUAUUUGAAAAUCGCGAUUGUGAAAUCGUACUAUGUAGCAAAUUUGUGAGGUUAGCGCUUUGAGGUAUAAAUAGAUGUAUGCUAA